UAGCAAGCCCGCGGCCGAUUUGAGUGCUCGCGCAACGGAGUGCGAAACGGAUCACCCCGGUGGCCGUGUGGCACUUGCUUUUUGCCCGCGCUGUCACGCGUGAGCGCUCGGCUGCGCCGCACCCGCCCGCCGCACGUCAGCGCGCCAAGGGACGACCUGCGCGCCACAGCCGAACAAGAGCCGCGCGCCACGGAGAAGAUGGCCGACUUCGCGGCGGACGAGCCGCGCUCCGACGAGGACGAGCCCAUGGAGGACGACAACGACUUCCUCGCCGACGACGCGCCGGCGGCCUCGCACGAGCCGCCGCCGCAGGUGAAGCAGACGCAGCCCUCUCCCGUGUCCGUGGCGAACGUCGCCCCGCUCAAGAACCCGGCGAACUUUGGGGAUGACCUGGAUUUUGAAAUUACGUUUGAAAGUACGAGAGCUUUACCGGGCGAUUUGGAAUGGUCGGUCGUUUAUGUUGGUUCAGCGGACGACAGCGCCAGAGACCAAACGCUGGCGGACGUCGAGGUGGGCCCCGUGCCGGCGGGCACUUCUAGAUUUGUGCUCUCGGCGGACGCGCCGGACCCGGCCAAAAUCCCGGCCGCGGACCUCUUAGGCGUGACGGUGGUGCUCGUCUGCUGCGCGUACCGGGGCCAAGAAUUUUUACGUAUCGGCUACUACGUGAACAACGAGGCGCCCGAGGGCGAGGCGCCGUCGAAGGCGAACGUGACGCGCACCUUAUUGGCCGAGCAGCCGCGCGUGACGCGCGUCGACAUCGACUGGGGCGAGGCCUAGUCUAGUGCUCCUAAAGUUAUCCUGGGAA